AGUUAGCUUGCGUAUAUAGGUGAAUUCAUUUAAGGCCACGAAUGGACAAACCUUUUCGUGAAUUAAUUUUCCUUCUACUUCGAUGAUUGCUACACACCGAAGUCUGACUGAGCUAAGUACACGCAUCUUGCAGCGACCAAAUAACCGAUUGGAAAAGGAAACCUUUCGCGACCGUGAAGUAACUGGGCUGUCGAGAGAGAGCUUCAGGUCAAUAUUUUGAGGUUCUUCAUGGCCUCAGCAGCGGCCCCAUCGUUUCGUUCAACUAAAGAGACAACUAAUUACGCCCGGUUAUGCAGGCUUCUGGUGGAUGUCAGUGCAUAUAUCCUGAGAGAGACAUUUGACAAGAAGCGUCCGCCAGGAAACCUGGAUACGGUUUUAUCAAGCCCUCCGGUUCAUGCGGUGCUACAGAUACUCAAAAGUCGUAAAGUGCUGAAUCCAUCUCAAUGGAGUAAACUAUAUCCUACCAUCAAAUCUUCAGUUUCAUCAAACAAUUUCGAUAUCACUCUUCUUAUGGUUCUGCUGAGGAACAUUUGUAAUCUUGUUCGUCCAGCUACCGGCUGGGAUACACUUCCUCCUGCAACAGAUACAACCCUUGAGGCAGAUAUUGUUCGCAUCAAGUGUUACAGAAACACAGUUUAUGGUCAUGCCAGCCAGGCCUCAGUUGAUGACGCAACAUUCAAUCAAUACUGGCAGGACAUCCAAGAUGCAUUGGUGAGACUGGGAGGAGCUCGUUACCAAAGUGAUAUUGAUAAUCUGAAAAAGGAAUGCAUGGACCCUGAUUUUGUGGAACACUACAGAGAGCUUCUUAAACAGUGGGUGAUGGAUGAAGACAGCAUUAAAGAAACCCUGGAUAGGAUAAUAGAAGAACUAAAUGAUAUGAAAGAAUUCUUGAUCAAACCUAAAAAGAAGACAGGACUGGAAGCUGUAGAAGCAUACACAAACGCGUUGAAAAAAUCAAUAAAAACCCAAACGGAGUUCCACAGUGUAGCUUCUCCCACCUCAACUAAGGUAAGAAUAGAUGACACGUACACCAGCCUUCUGAUACAACACGGAAGAAAGCCAGUCGAAGACCCUGAUAUGGGAAGAGAAAAACACCUUCAGCAGUACGGUCAAGUGAGUGGAAAACCAGUCACACACUGUCAAGACAUUUUCAUCUCUGACGCCGAUUGUAAAGAGAAAAAGAAUCCCAAAACUGUCCUCGUCACUGGGAAGGCAGGGAUUGGUAAGACACUGUUCUGCCAAAAGUUAAUCCGAGAUUGGGCUGGCAACAAAUUGUUUCAAUCCCAAACAAACCCAGCGCAACUACCUGACUUUAAGUUCGCUUUCUUGUUAACAUUCCGUCAAUUGAAUUUACUUGAGGACGACCCUGUGAGCUUGAAGGAUAUCUUGAUCCGAUCCUCAGUGUUAGAUGACGACUCAAAUAUUGACGACUCUUUAUUUGAGUACAUUUUUCAUCAUUCUGAAGACGUUUUGAUCAUCAUCGACGGGUAUGACGAAUGUUCAAAGCAAAGUUUUAUUACUAGUGAUCUGGAUGAACAGUACCCAAAUGGUGCCCAAGAGGAAAUGCCGGUUGCAGCUCUGUGUGCCAAGCUUAUCAAAGGAAAAAUUUUGAAAGAUUCCGUUGUCAUGAUAACCUCAAGAUCCGAUGAAUCUGAUGACAUAAAGGAUAAAAUUGGCUUUGACCGGUGCGUGGAAAUCACAGGAUUUUCUGAGCAAAAUGUGAAGGAAUACAUCGACAAGUAUUUCAAAGAAAACGACGUCAUGAAGAAUGUUGUAAUGGAUCACAUUACCAAGAAUGAAAAUCUUGUCAGCUUUGCCCACAUUCCAGUUCUCUGUUUUCUAAUGUGUUCCUAUUUUGAGUACAUCUUGCAGGAAUCGAUGAAAACUGAUGCUCUCCCGGUGAACACAAGUGACAUUUAUUUUGAAGUGGUUAAUAUGUUUUUUAGUAAGCAUAGCAAAACGAAAGGAACCACACCUGAAGUUACAAUGGACAAAUUGUCAAUUCUGGCUGCUCAAUUGCUCCGAGAGAAGAAGUAUCUUUUCGCCGUCGAAGAUAUGAAGACAUUUACUGAAGAAGAGGUUGAGAACUUACGAGCAAGCGGUCUUCUUCAUUGCGGUCCCAUGUUUAGAAAAUCUUUCUCGGAAAUGACGAAACAUUUCUGUUUCACCCAUCUGACACUCCAGGAAUACUUAGCGGCCCAUUGGUUUGUGAAGCACAAAAAGAUUCCGUCCGGAGAAAAUGCGUCAGCAAUGGUGUUGCAAUUUAUGUCUGGCAUUUUAUCAAAACAAAAAGACAAAGCUUUUAUGCAUAAACUGCUUGAAGGAAUCAGUAAGAGCUCUUCAGCCGAGCGUCCAGCAGAACUAAUAAUAACGAAAUGUCUCGCUGAGUACCAAGACAAAGAAUUUGCAAAAACUGUCGUGAAGAAACUUUCCAAUCAGUUUAGUGAUCGUGAUGGAAAUAUUAAAUUUCAACACUUGACCGAUGUGGACUGUAUUGCUGUAUCUUUUCUGUUGGAUGUCAUAAAUACAUUAAAUGUAGUAGAAACGCCUGAAAGGAGUAAAACAUCUCUCCAACUGUCUCCCAGGCCGUUGGGCAGUCAACGUGGACUCUCUAGGCGUGUCACACUGAGUGCAGGGGAAACUGCUGGAAGGAGUCAAACAUCUCUUCAAAUGGCUCACAGGCCGUUGGUUAAUCGACGUGGACUCUCCAGGCGUACCACCUUUAGUGCAGGGGAAACUGCUGGAAAGAUUAAAACGUCCUUUUGCCGGCCCUGUUGGGCACAAUUGACUCUCUUCAAUUGCCAAAUUACACAAACUGGACUACGACAAAUCUUUAAGGCGCUAAAGAAAUGUUUCUGCACCGUCACUUCACUACUCCUUUCUGUGUGUAUUUUAAACGAAGAAUGUGUUGCAACGAUCGCAGAAUCGUUGCCAAGGACUAAGCUGAUCGAACUGUCUCUGAAAGGAACUCGGAUCACUGAUGCCGGUGUUCUCAGUCUAUGUCGAGUACUACAGACACAAACAUGCAAAAUUACCUCAUUAAAUCUGAGUGGCAAUCAGAUCACCGAUGCCGGCGUUGGUAGUCUAUGUCAAGCAUUACAGACAGCAACAUGCAAAGUAACAACACUAUAUCUGGGCCGUAAUCAGAUCACCGAUGCCGGUGUUGCCAGUUUACGUCAAGCAUUACAGACACCAACAUGUGAAGUUACCUCAUUAAAUCUGAGUAGUAAUCAGAUCACCGACGCCGGCGUUUGUAGUCUUUGUCAAGCAUUACCGACAGCAACAUGCAAAGUCACAACACUAGAUCUGGGCCGUAAUGAGAUCACCGAUGCCGGUGUUGCCAGUCUAUGUCAAGCAUUACAGACAGCAACAUCCAAAGUCACAACACUAUAUCUGGGCCAUAAUCAGAUCACCGAUGCCGGUGUUGCCAGUCUAUGUAAAGCAUUAAAGACAGCAACAUGUAAAGUCACCAAACUAAAUCUGAGUUGGAAUCAAAUCAGUGAUGCUGGUGUUGCCGAUCUAUGUCAAACUUUGCAGAAGGCGCAAUUUCAAGUCACCGCUUUGAACUUGCAGGGUAACUGUCAGAUCACCAGUGUUGGUAAGAGGCGUCUCAAAAAACUUUUGGAGCGACAACCCCAUCUUAACCUGUUUGGAUUUCCAAAAAAGACUUAAAAGACAACAGAAGUUAUUAGAAUAGUUGUUUACAAAACUGCAAAAGUGUAGAAACAGAGCUUACAAAUAUUAAGAAUAAAUACCUUAUAUACUUUUGAGUAAUUUCAUCAAGCAAUAAGUAUCUUUCUCGACAAUCAACAUAUAACAUAUUUAUUCUCUAAUCGCAGUUUCCAGAAACGUUCAUUAAAAGAAACUGUGUAGACGAAACUGAUGAAUCUGAGGAGUCAUAACGAGUGAAUCUUUGGAAUGGCUUCUUUAGCAGCUAAGAGACGAUUCAAUCGCCAAUAAAUGUUGAUAUGAAUGAAGAUAAAAAUAUCAUCUUCUAGAAAGAUCCCUCUGCGAAAGCGUUUGCGCUUGAGGAAACGGAUUCAAUGGUUGAUAUCAGAAUUUGCAUUCAUAUCAUUCAGUCGCUUAACUUCCGUUAAUAUGUGCGCGGCUAGUUCGAAGUGUUUUAUGGAAAGUAGAUUAGUGUCCAUGUUUCAAUAAAUUCUCUACUUGUUCGAUAACAGGAUCUAAAGGAAAUAUAAUUUCAAGGCUAAAUGUUUGUUUAUUGAUGUUAAAGAGCAUGUGGACGGUUUUUUUUUCUCAUCAUCUUAAAAUAGUGAUUAGACGCCGUGGUAAAUAAACCAUAGAAAUUGA